ACAGCUGCUUCAAGCAUGUAUUUGCCAAUACGUCAAAGCUUCUCUAAAUGACCAUGUUACAACACGCCUUUGGCAUUCUGGGUGUAAACCGUUGCAAGCAAUAUCACUCUCUGCACCUCUUUACAAUCCUGUGAACGAGACUGUCAGAGCAUACAUCACACUCAGGGAGUCUGUGCACUUUGAGCAUGGAGCUGUUUGUAGUCCUGUUAUACACCGGACUGGUGAAUUUCGCAUCAGCUGGAAUAGAUGGACAGAAAUGGACAUAUUCAGAAGGAGAACUGGAUCAGAAGCACUGGGCAGAAAAGUUUCCCGAGUGCGACGGCGACCAGCAGUCUCCCAUUGACAUACAGCGGCGCAAAGUGCGGUACAAUCCGCGACUGCUACAGCUCGAGCUGACAGGCUAUGAGGACAUGCACGGCAGCUUUCGCAUGACCAACAAUGGACAUUCUGUGGAAAUUCAGCUGCCACAGACUAUGAAGAUUACCAAGGGCUUUCCAGACCACUACACUGCUGUCCAGAUGCAUCUGCACUGGGGAGGCUGGGACUUGGAGGCCAGUGGAUCAGAGCACACAGUGGACGGCAUCCGCUACAUGGCAGAACUGCAUGUUGUUCACUACAACUCUGAUAAGUACAGCAGCUUCCACGAGGCCAAAGAUAAACAAGACGGUCUUGCAGUUUUAGCCUUUUUUUAUGAGGAUGGUCAUUUUGAGAACACGUACUACAGUGAUUUCAUUGCAAACCUGGCAAACAUCAAGUAUGCAGGUCAGGCUAUGAAUAUCACCAACUUGAACGUACGCUCCAUGCUUCCAGACAACUUGAGUCACUUUUUCAGAUAUCAGGGCUCUCUCACCACACCGCCGUGCCAUGAGAGCAUUCUGUGGACUGUAUUUGAUACGCCCAUCACCCUCUCUCACAAUCAGAUCAGGAAAUUGGAGAGCACAUUAAUGGACCAUGAAAAUAAGACCCUGUGGAACGACUACCGCAUGGCCCAGCCUCUGAAUGACAGAGUGGUGGAGUCCUCUUUCCUCCCACGCCUGAGCAAAGGAGGAAUUUGCCGUCAGGAGGAGAUUGAAGCUAAGCUUAAGAGGAUUGAGAGCCUUAUUGUGUCACUGGACAAAAAAACGGUUUCAGGCCUCCAACAUGUAUCGCCACUGGCCCUCUACUUCCCAAAAAAGAAUGUGGAGAGUUACGCCAUGGUGGUCUUAUCCCACCCCAUGAACCUCCAAUCCUUCACAGCCUGCAUGAACGUCCGUAUUCCGCCCGUACAAGACCUCACCGUGCUUUCUUACUUCACGGCACGUGACAAUGAGCUCAUGAUCACUUUGGGCACCGAAGUGGGUCUCUGGAUCGGAGAUGAGUUUGUGAAUUUACCAUUCGAACAUCAAUCCAACGAUUGGACAAACUACUGCUUUACUUGGUCGUCACACACCGGAGGGGUUGAACUGUGGGUGAACGGACUGGUCGGGAAAGAGCGGUACAUUCGGGCAGGAUACACCAUUCCAGCUGGAGGAAACCUCAUUUUGGGAAAGGACCAGGAUGGCCUUUUAGGGAUCUCGGACAGUGUUGCUUUUGUAGGGCACAUGACCGAUGUAAAUGUGUGGGAUUAUGUUCUGACUGCGGCAGAGAUUAAGGAGCAAAUGUUGUGUGAUAGUGGCAAGGUGAAAGGGAAUGUCCUGAGCUGGGGAAUCACUCCGCUCAGUCUGUAUGGAGGAGUUCAGGUGCAGACUGAGCAGGUUUGCCUCUGAGAGAGAAAGAGAUUGCCACAGGCUAAGAACUUUUUCAAAUGAAUGUCAAUAUCAGCAAUAUUAGCUCUGCUAACUUGAACUGUAUACUCUCCCUGGGGACUAAUUGCAAUUGAGAAAGAUAUUCUAAUCUAUCUGUAUUUUAAAUACAAGCAUUUCAAUCUAUUUUUACCCAGCUGAAUAAUGUGAAUCAUAUCUGAAGAAUUUCAAUAAACAUUUAUAUUCUUAA